CUCAGGGUCUUUUUGCUGCUUCAGUUUUCAUGUCUAAGCUUUUUAACUGGUGGUGAUCCAUCGUCGAUCUCCAGUAUUUGUUUUGGCCACGUCCUCAUUGGAAGGAUCUGUGCCAACCGAAGUGUGUAAACGUCAUGACGCAGUUCAGUCAUGCUACGGCAACUUAUCGAAGCCACGGUGUAUCUUUAUUAAAAAUCUCAACGAAGAAGGGUUCUCUAGCUGCACUUGCCUCCUCGUAUACAUUCAUAUAACCUUCAUCUCUGCAGUUUAUGGAAUCUGUCCAAAGGAUCAUCCAAGCACCAAUUGACACAAUCAAGUCAACCAUCAUGGCUCCGUCAGCGGAUACUUCAUUUGCGUCCCACGUUUCCAACCAGUUCACCUCUUACGAGCAGGACCGACAGGCUACUUCAAAGAACACCGUCUACGCCACCAGCAAUGGCGCUCCUAUGCCCCACCCCUAUGAGGCACAGAGAGCUGGCGAGAAUGGCCCUCUUCUUCUUCAAGAUUUUCACCUGAUCGACCUUCUGUCACACUUUGACCGAGAACGAAUCCCCGAGCGCGUUGUCCAUGCCAAGGGCAGCGGUGCACAUGGUUUCUUCGAGUGUACAAACCCUGCGGAUGACUUGACUCAGCUAGACAUCUGGGGUACCAAGGGCAAAAAGUGUCCCAUCACAAUUCGAUUUUCUACCGUUGGUGGCGAAUCCGGAUCGCAUGACUGCGCUCGUGAUCCGCGAGGCUUCUCUGUUAAACUCAGGACUGAGGAUGGCAAUUGGGAUAUGGUGUUCAACAACACUCCAGUCUUCUUCUUGAGAGAUCCCGCCAAGUUCCCCCAUUUCAUCCACACUCAGAAACGAGAUCCAUCAACCCAUCUUACUCAUGCUGAUGACUCCACCAUGUUCUGGGACUAUUUGUCUCAAAACCCGGAGUCUAUUCAUCAAGUCAUGAUCCUCAUGGGUGAUCGAGGUAUUCCUGACGGAUACAGAUUCAUGCAUGGCUACUCUGGUCACACACUCAAGCUCGUCAAGAAGGACGGCCAGUGGGUCUACUGCCAGAUCCAUCUCAAGUCCAUGCAGGGUACCAAAUUUAUCACCCAAGAGGAUUCGGCCAACAAGUCUCCAGACUAUUCGCAGAAAGAUCUGUACGAGGCGAUCGAACGUGGGGAUUUCCCCAAGUGGUCGGUCGAGGUUCAGACCAUGACACCAAAGGAAGCCGAAGAUGUUUGGGAGAAGCAAGGCAUCAACGUGUUCGACCUGACUCACGUUUGGCCUCAAAAGCAGUUCCCUCUCCGCAAGGUCGGCGAAAUGACCUUGAACGAGAAUGCCAUCAACUACUUCGCCGAGGUGGAGCAAGUUGCCUUCAACCCAUCUCACAUGCCUCCUGGUGUUGAGCCUUCUGCCGACCCCGUGCUCCAGUCAAGACUCUUCUCCUACCCCGACACUCACCGACACCGCGUGGGAGUGAAUUAUCAACAGCUCCCAGUCAACGCACCACGUACAGGCUACAAAUUUGGCAACUUCCAGCGCGAUGGAUCCAUGGCUUUCUAUAACCAAGGUGGCCGAUCCAACUACCUAUCAUCGAUCGACCCUAUCCAAUUCAAGGAGCGUUCUGUUGACCUAGACAAGACACAUGGCCAUUUCCAAGGCACCGCCAUUACGUUCUUGUCUCAAAUCAGACCCGAAGACUUCAAUGCUCCCCGAGCAUUAUGGGAGAAGGUCUUUGACGAGCCGGCUCGUGAACGGUUUGUCAACAACGUCUCUGGUAAAAUGGAAGUUUGCCCCAACAAGGAGAUUUUGAAGCGACAAAUCACCAUCUUCCGUGAAGUUAGUGAAGACCUUGCUCAAAGACUUGAGAAGGCUACCGGUGUCAAGGGGUACGAUAGUAUUAAGAACAUGAAAUUUAACGGCACCCACAACGGCAUGGCUACGGACCCUAGUGCUAGGUACGCCAAUGGAGUGAAGGCUGCUACGGGCUAUUCUUUGGCAGACAACAAUGGUGCACCUACAAAGGGAACGCACAACUGAAGUUUGAAUUUGGCAUACGGAUGAAAUCGCUAUGAAUUUGGGAAAGCGCAAUAAAUAUAUUUGCAUAUAUGUAAUCAAAUCAAAC